CGAGGCCAGUUCGAGAACGCGACCCUAACAUUAACAUCCGGUAUUCCGAGUCGGAAACGGAAACGACUGAUCUCGAUUACGCACGAAAAAUGAAGAUCGUCUUGCUGCUCCUCGUCGCUGUGGGCUUCGCCUCAGCCCAAAGGAUUACUACAAUCCAGUUAGAUGGCGUUCAAUAUUUCGUCUCGCGGAUGAACCCCUAUAGUCCAGAGCUGAAUUACUUUUUGGCUUAUCAGUACUGUCGGUCUUUGGGCCUACAAUUAGCGUCUUUUGAAACAAAAGAGAAGGCAGAUACGAUGACGCAGUAUCUGAAAAAUGCCGGCUACACGAAGUACGACUUCUGGACAUCCGGAAACAAGUUGGGUACCGACAUGUUCUUGUGGAUGAGCACGGGACUUCCUUUCAAUGCCACUUUCGACUACAUGUUGAAAAGGCCCGGAAACAGACCAGCUGAUGUCCCUCCCGGCACCGAACCACAAAGAGUAGCCCGUGAGAGCGGCGACAGCGGAAGUGCCGAUGGUUGCAUGGCCAUGAUGGCACCUACUUUGGGAUGGAUGGCACAAGACUGUAUGCUUGUCAAAGACUUUAUCUGCGAGCAGACAAGAUGUUACUACUACAACUACGGCAGCAUUCCAGUUUCGGCGACACAGGGAAACCGUAGACCCUACAUCACAACCACCGCCGCGCCGACCGAAACUGUCCAGGAGGAUGACGAAACCAAGCCGGAGCCAACGAAACUCAACGAAGACAAUCACAACGAAAAACCAGCCUCUUCUUCGGCGACUCAAGCCCCUGUACAACCACAUGAAGAUCCUAUAAUAAACAGACUCGCCUCCGCCUUGCCUGGUUCUGCCCGUCAUUCCACCAGCGAAAUCCGCCGGAGCCCCGAUCCCAUCAUCAUCGAGAAGAGCACCAGGGAUCACAUACCUGACAUCGCUAGUCUCUUCUCAAACACACAGACUCAGGUGCAAAAGGAUUCCGCUUUUGAUGGUCUCGAGACUCACGAGGUUCGCUCAAUCUCUCGUUCCAGUCCUAUUUUGAACGCGGAGCAUCGAGAAGAACCGGCGAAUUAUGAAAAUGCGGAAACGGAACUGCCCAACAAUGCUCUGGAAGACGCGCACACUGUUGGACCCUAUGAUUCUGUGCAGGACUUCCAGGCGGAUCAAGGCGACCUGGUGACACCGAUGAAGGAGCAGGAAGACGACUCCAGCACCAUCCUCCCGGAAGCGGAACCGGCAUAUAGGUACAACAUCAAAGUACGAUCCAACGGCAAAGUAUUAGACCCGUCCAAUUAAUCUUAUUUAUCAUCGUCAUCAUCAUUUCGAUUCUCAACAUGACGCCUCGCGUCCAGGCAACAACAGGAAUGCCAAAAGGCGUCGACAUCAUCCUCAUCCAAGACAACGGUGGAACAUGGAUUGAUAUGUUUAUAGAACCUUGGAGAAGAUUAAGAUUCUCGAAGCUGCUGCUGGCGCCACUAUUGUCUGGGCUCUUUUCAUUAAAGCAUCAAACUAUCACAUCAUGGUUCUUGAUAAUACAGGGCCUAGUCAU